AUGAAUGCUGACAGUGUAUUUAUCGUUUAUCUUUCCUAGUCUUUCUGACAUCCCCGAGGUGAGACAUCUGCUAACAAAUCAGCCACCUGCCAUGUCGUCCCCAUCUGUCAUUCAUUCCUCUGCCUCUCGGGAGACAACUGGCUCGGUGAAACAGUCAAGACUGAGAACGACCUCCCUGCACUCAGCUCCACUCUCAUCGCUGCCGUCAGUGAAGUUGGAAGCUGAAACAAAGUCUGUUAUCUCAGAGGGUGAAGAAGGCGAUCUUCCCACUUCCAAAAACCCUUUCAAAAUCCCACGGGAUUGUGAUAUCUUCCAGUUGAGAGAAAAGGAAAAAGAACGAAAGAAGCUAGAACACGAACAGAAUAAGAAGCUGAAAAUACACGAAAAAAUAACUUAUACGGGCAGAGUCAAUGCCAAGCGUGCAGCUAUAAGGGAAUUAGUGUCUGGAGAAGAAAAUGGGGCAGCUACAGACGAGGCUGAAGACGAAACUGCAGCAGCUGUUAAAGAUGACACUUCAUGGAAGCUCGCCAUGACGAAAGAUCGCUAUGUAGAAAAAGAAAGCAUAAAUGAAUACAUCGCAAAGAAAAGAGAAAUGUUUCUUUUGCAGUAUUCCUUGGCAGUGAAGCGAGAUGAGAUGCGCAAAUUAGAUGAAGUGGCCAUGCUGGAGGAGCAGAAGCUGGAAAAAGCCGAACAGUUUUUAGAGAACGAUGCAGCGAUGUUUGAUGAGUUUUUGAAAGAGAAUGACAGAAACUCUGUGGAAGCAAUUAAAAAUGCUGAGAUGGAAACAAAAUUUAAGCUGGAAAAAGUAUCUGAAAUAAAACGAAUCUCUGCAAAGAUAGUUGGAAUUAAGAGCGAGAUUUCCAAGCAUGAAGAGAUCCUUAAAGACUACAAGAUGUACAAACAUUUUCUCAUUAAGAUGUCCCCUAAAGAAUGGCAACAGAAAUACCUAGAAAAGCAAAAAGAAUCCAAAAAAAGCCAAGGUGGCAGUCAAAAAGGAACAGAAAGUGGAAGAAGGGAAAAAAUCAGCAUCAUCAGCAUCUGCCAAAAGAGUAUGAAGACCUCGGAAAAAGAAGACAAUCAAGCAAUUUCCUCUGACAGUGAUGAGGAAGUAGAACUGUAUUUCCAAGACCCCCAAGAACUCUUGGAUAUCCUUGCUGAGCUGGAGGAACAAAAUUUGUCUCACAUUCAGAAUUCUCAGGAAACAGAGGAAACACUAGAAGAGUUUAAGCAGAUCGUGACUUCAACCCAAAACAGCAUGGACAAGGAGAUAAUGGCACUAGAGAAUCAGAUCACCGAGUUAAACAAAGCCAUUGAACAAGAAAAGGAGAAAGCAGCUGAACUGGAGCUCAAGUCUCGAGUGUUCUCCUUUGGCCAGUACAAGCCAGAAGAUCAGGAAGAAAUGCUGAACAACCUGAAUGCUCAAGUGGAAGAGGUGUAUCGGACCUGCAUCGGAGACAAUGAUGCAAACCUGAGUACGCUUCUCAUGCUGACAUCCAUCGAGACCCGACUGGAGGAGCUCUUUGAAAGUCUUGAGACCAUGCCCCAAGAAAGAGUAGACGCAGUGGCAAAAUCCAAGGAGAAGGAGAGACGACUCAAGUUUAGAGAGGAAAAGCUGAAGCUGCAGAAACAACACCAGGAGGAGAGAGUUCGCAAAGCAUUAGAAAGGGCACAGGCUGAUAUUAAGAAGCCGUCUGGAAGAAAGCUGAUAUAUCGUUCACAGCCUCCUGCGCUCAAACAAGAAGAAAAUGACAAUCAGAUUUUUGCUGACAAGGAAAAAGAGGAACAGAAUUUCUUUUUCAGCUUCUGAAAAGGCAAAUUCACUUAAGAUGAGUAUUACUUGGGGAAAAAAAAAAAAACACUGCACCACCUCUUUAGGGAUAGGACAGUUUUAGAAUUUAUUAUUGGAUACCAAUGAAAAUGUAAUUUUCUGUGAAGGUAUAAUAAAACUGUAUAUACCCAUA